AUGAGCACUCCAGACAAACCCGAACCCAUUGUGCUGUUCGACCUGCCUAGCAAGGAGCCCUGCUCGACAUGGUCCUUCAAUCCUUGGAAGACUCGUCUUCUCCUGAACUACAAAGGCCUCGACUACCGCACAGACGUCCCUAACCCACCCGACCCGCACUCCGAAACCCCCUACACCAUCCCCACAAUCCGACUCCCCAACAACAACUACAUCAUGGACUCCCGGCGCAUCGCCAACGCCCUGGAGGCUCUCUACCCCGAACCGCCUCUGCACCUCGACUCUCCCGUGCUGGCAUCAUUGGAAACCAUCAUACCACGCAUCAUCCAAGCCUUGGCGCCUUUGUUUAUGCCGCGGGUGGCGUACCGGUUGCUUCCGGAACGCAGCUCGGCAUAUUUCGUCGAGACACGGAGUAAGUGGUAUGGGGAUUUGUUGGAACUGGAGAAGGAGAAGGGGGGCGAUGUGGCGUGGAGGGCGACCGAGGAAGACCUCAAAGAGAUUACGAGGAUGUUGAAGGAGAAGCCGGAGGGACCAUUCUUUUUGGGGAAGGUGAGCUAUGCGGAUUUUGUGUGGGGGUCAGUUUUGAUUUUUGUAAAGAGGUGUGGGGAGGAUGCGUUGGAAGGGUUGUUGAAGACAACAGGGGAUGAGAGUGUGCAUUUGGCACUACUGGAAGGGCUGAAGCCCUGGACAGAGAGAAAUGAUCAUUAA